AUGCUGAAAUGGCUCCGUGAGAAUGGAUGCCCAUGGGACGCCAGUACAUGCCACAUGGCUGCCAAGAGGGGAUACUUGCAAGUUCUGAUUUGGGCUCGUGAGCAUGGGUGCUCAUGGAGUGAACAAACCUGUGCGCGGGCUGCCCAGAAAGGACAUUUGGAACUUCUAAAAUGGGCACACGAGAAUGGAUGUCCAUGGGAUUCCUCAACAUGCAAAGCUGCAGCUGAAAAUGGCCAUUUGGAACUUCUCAAAUGGGCACACGAGAAUGGAUGUCCAUGGGAUGAAAUGACAUCCUCAGCAGCAGCCAAAGGUGGUCAUUUGGAAACACUACAAUGGGUUCAUGACCAUGGGUGCCCAAGGGAUGCUACCACCUGCUCAGCUGCUGCGGAAGGUGGGCAUCUAGAAAUUCUGAAAUGGCUCCGUGAGAGUGGAUGCCCUUGGGACGACAACACCCUUGCUAGUGCUAGAGGCAGGCAUCCAGAAGUCCUUGCAUGGGCAGAGGAGAACGGCUGCCCCUUGUAG